CCUGUGCCCAGGAGUACUAGUAGCUGGAGCCCAGGCAGUGGAGAGUUGGUCCUCCGGGCCCAGGAGGGAUAGAGAGGAGGGACCAAAUCUGCCUCUCUGCUCCCCCGCUUCUUGCAACCAGACCUCUGAGAGUCUUCCAGCCACUUUCCUGCCCUCAGUCUUUCUGGGAAAGUGAAACGAAAACUGUUCCCAGAUGAAGAGAACGCACCUGUUCAUCGUGGGGGUCUACCUGCUGUCCUCCUGCAGGGCAGAAGAGGGACUCAACUUCCCCACGUAUGACGGCAAGGACCGCGUGGUAAGCCUCACUGAGAAGAACUUCAAGCAGGUUUUGAAGAAAUACGACUUGCUCUGCCUCUACUACCACGAGCCCGUGUCUUCAGACAAAGUCGCGCAGAAACAGUUCCAACUGAAAGAAAUUGUGCUGGAGCUUGUGGCCCAGGUCCUGGAACAUAAAGAUAUAGGCUUUGUGAUGGUGGAUGCCAAGAAAGAAGCCAAGCUUGCCAAGAAACUGGGUUUUGAUGAAGAAGGAAGUCUGUAUGUUCUUAAGGGCGAUCGCACAAUUGAGUUUGAUGGCGAAUUUGCAGCUGACGUCCUGGUGGAGUUUCUCCUGGACCUAAUUGAGGAUCCCGUGGAGAUCAUCAACAGCAAACUGGAAGUCCAAGCCUUUGAACGCAUUGAGGACCACAUCAAGCUCAUUGGCUUUUUCAAGAGUGAAGACUCGGAGUAUUACAAGGCUUUUGAAGAGGCAGCUGAACACUUCCAACCUUACAUCAAAUUUUUUGCUACGUUCGACAAAGGGGUUGCAAAGAAAUUAUCCUUGAAGAUGAAUGAGGUUGACUUCUACGAGCCAUUUAUGGAAGAGCCCAUUGCCAUCCCCGACAAACCUUACACAGAAGAGGAGCUCGUGGAGUUUGUCAAGGAGCACCAAAGACCCACCUUACGUCGCCUGCGCCCAGAAGAUAUGUUUGAAACAUGGGAAGAUGAUUUGAAUGGGAUCCACAUUGUGGCCUUUGCAGAGAGGAGUGACCCAGAUGGUUACGAGUUCCUGGAAAUCCUGAAACAGGUUGCCAGGGACAACACGGACAACCCUGACCUGAGCAUCGUGUGGAUUGACCCGGAUGACUUUCCUCUGCUUGUUGCCUAUUGGGAAAAGACUUUCAAGAUUGAUCUAUUCAAGCCACAGAUUGGGGUGGUGAAUGUGACAGAUGCCGACAGUGUCUGGAUGGAGAUCCCAGAUGAUGACGACCUGCCCACAGCUGAGGAGCUGGAAGACUGGAUCGAGGAUGUGCUUUCCGGGAAGAUAAACACUGAAGACGAUGACAAUGAAGAUGAGGAUGACAGGGAUGAUGACGAGGAUGACGAUGACGAUGACGACGACAAUUCUGAUGAGGAUAAUGAUGACAGCGAUGAUGAUGAUGAGUAGCCCCCACCCCGGAUGACUGAUAAAAGCAAAAUCACAGCUACACGACCAUGCAGACAGCACGGCGGGGGACAGCACACAGCCCUGGCCUCCGCCCGCCAGCUCCUUCCCCCUUGCCCAUCCCUUUCCCCAACCCCUUCUCAUCAGGAGCUGUACCAUUCAGCAAAUGCCUCUAAACCCAGUAAUCCCACUCAGCAGGAACAAGUGGGGGAAUUAUUGCCAUGUGGACUGUCUUGAUUGUCUUGGAAAAACUCUUGUUCUUUGCCAGACCGUCAGCGGUCGUAGCAGUGCCGGAAUGCAGUGGUCUGGUCGAACAAUCCCCUGACACCGCUACUCAAGUUUACUUGUUGUCUUUGAUGUGACGGUAACAGAAUGGACAGCUGGCAAACUCCGAGCAUAGAGUGACCUUACAGUCGGAGCCCAGGGAGACCCGCAAUUAAGCCAUUUGGCUCCCGUGCCUAGAACAUCAGUGGGGACCCCUCCUCAAGGCAAGAGGUUCUCUCUUAGGGAGGGCUCAGCCUUAGAAACGAGUUUAUAAAUCAGUUAAACUGAUUCUUUCAAAUGUAGGUGAGACCAUUAUGAGCUCAGAUCCAAGUGUUGGGAUAGCUACCGGGAGGCCUUGAACCCCAUGUGUACAGAUAUCACCAUCAUUUCUAGUACGUUAGGAUCUGGGAUCGGAGGUAGAUUUGCUUUCUGAACUUCCCUUUAGCGACGACAAAUCUUGCACUAUGCACAAGGGGGUGGGGAAAGUGGGAGGAUUACAGGUUUUUAAUUUUUUCUUCUGGGUUCAUGCCCCUGAUUGAGUCAGCUGGCUUCCUAGUCUGAACUGGGAUCUAGAUACCCUUCUCUGUUGCUGCUAGUGAGCCCUCCCCUGGGGAGUGAAAGUUGGUUUAUCUAGAGGUCAACCAAUGCUCCAUUUGUCAGCCCUCCCACACUUGCACAGGACAAUAGCUAGAGUUCAUAAUGGCGCCCUCAGGCACUGAGAGAAUCCCAAAGUGCCUUCAAAACUAUCUAGAAGUUACAUUGUGCUUGAUAGUUUUAGCAGUAAGUGUGCAUUAUAACGUUCUAAUUUAUUUUCUCAAUCUUUUAACACGUGUAAGACAUGGUGCAAAUGCUUUGGAAAUAGGGUAAUCCUUGUAUGGAAUAGUAGCCAACUAACACUGCCAUUAAACUUAUACUUUGAAAAUAUUGAGACUAUCUUGGAAAUCCUCGCUUGGUUUUCCUGAUCCUGCUCAUUCUCUCUUGGUUCCUGUCCUACCUCUCUGUUCCCUCUGUUUUCCUUUCUGGCCCCUCUUUCCCUGCCUGCCCUUUAAAUGAUAGUGUUUCACAGUAUCUCUUGACUCUAACUUUCUUCCAAGGUACUAUCAUCCGUGCCCAUCAGCUACCACCUGUGGGCUAAUGACGUCCAAGUCUGGGUCUCUAGCCUUGACCACUCUCUUAGUUUUAGACCCCAUUCAUCUUGGUUUGGAUGUUGCACAAGCAAUGCAAACAACAUGGCAAAACCCCAACUCAUUACCUUCUCCCCUAAACUUCUCCUCCUCCUCUUCAUGGAGUCCCAUAUUGGAAGAGUGGUAUCACUGUGUAUCCAAUUGUCAAGGUGAUCUGAAGGGGCUGCCUUCCCCUCUGCAACCAUGGAAUUUUGUGCAUACCCCAAACCAUGGAAAUUGUCCUUAAUUGUAACACAUAGGAGUGCCUGGGUGGCUCGGUCGGUUGAGCAUCCGACUCUUGGUUUCGGCUCAGGUUCAUGGUUCGAGCCCCACGCUGGGCUCUGUGCUGACAGUGCAAAGCCUGCUUGGGAUUCUGUCUCUCUCUCUCUCUCUCUCUUUCUCUGCCCUUCCUGUGCUCUCUCUCUCUCUCUCACAGAAUAAAUAAAUGAACUUAAAAAAUCA